AUGGAAAAAUUUUUAAUUAAACGCGCAAGUACAAGUGCAAGUGCAAGUGAAAAUAAAAAACGUAAACUGUCGGAAACAACAACGUACCAGCCUAUCAACGAGGAAUUGGAAGAAAAAAAAACUUUAAAUGUUGAGAACCAAAAAAAAGAACGUAAAUAUCAAGAUCAGUAUAUACAAUUUGGAUUUACUUUUAUUGAAGAAAAAGGUAAACAUCGUCCUAAGUGUGUUAUAUGUUUAGAAAUAUUGGCUUCCGAAAGUAUGAAACCCUCUAAACUUAAACGACAUUUAGAAACGAAACAUCCGCAAUAUAGUAAUAAAGAUGAACAAUUUUUUAAAAGACAUGAAAAUGCAUUAAAGGUUCAAAAAAAAGUUAUAAAUAAAUUUUCUACAGUUUCACAAAAAGCUUUAGUUGCAUCAUUCAAGGUUUCAUACUUAAUAACAAAAACAAAAAAACCGCAUUCGAUUGGCGAAUCUCUUGUCUUGCCAGCUGCUAUAAAAAUUGUAACGGCUAUGCACGUUAUGAACGAGGAAUCAAUUGAGUUAUCUGCCGAUGAAAAUCUGCGUAUAAAAUUUAAUGAAACUACAAGUGACAAAUUUUGGAUUUCUAUAAAAUUAGAAUACCCAGAAUUGUCAAAAGUAGCUGUAUCAACACUUCUGCCAUUUGCAACCACUUAG